AUGGCGGCUGGAGCGGGGGCGAUGCUGCGGAUCCCCCUGCAGAGGGGGCCCUGGGUGCCCCCCAAAUUCUGGGGGGGGGGCGGGGGCGGCCCCCGCAGCCGCAGUGGGGGAGGGGCGGCGGCGGCGCCCGCGCGGCUGCACAACUACAUGGACGCCCAGUACUACGGCACCAUCUCGCUGGGGACCCCCCCCCAGGAUUUCCGGGUCAUUUUCGACACCGGCUCCGCCGACCUCUGGGUGCCCUCGGCGCGCUGCUGCCUGCUCUACCUGGCCUGCUGGCUCCACCCCCACUACCAGCCCCUGCUGUCCUGCACCCACCGGGCCAACGGCACGGCCUUCGCCAUCAGCUACGGCAGCGGCUCCCUGAGGGGCUUCCUGAGCACCGACACCCUCACGGUCUCCAACGUCUCUGUGCACAACCAGACAUUUGCCGAGGCCGUGGCGCUGCCCGGCCUGACGUUUCGCGUCGCUGGCGAUGGCGUCCUGGGCCUGGCGUACCCCGGCGCGGCUGCGGGCCCCGCGCCCGUGUUCGACAACAUGAUGGAGCAGGGGCUGUUCCGCAACAACGUCUUCUCCUUCCACCUGCGCAGUGGGGCGUCGGAGGGCGACGGGGGGGAGCUGCUUUUGGGGGGCAUCGACGAGGGACAGUUCGAGGGACCCCUGCACUACAUCCCCGUGUCCCGCAAGAGCUACUGGCAGGUGCACAUGGACAGGCUGUCGGUGGGGGCCCCGGGGGCCGCGGGCUGCCGGACCCGCUGUGUGGGGGGGCUGCGCGCCAUCGUGGACACGGGCACGUUGCUCAUCACCGGGCCCGCCGCCGACGUGGCCGCGCUGCACCGGGCGCUGGGCGGCUGUCCCCUGUGGGUGGGGGCGUACGUGCUGGACUGUGACAAGGUCCCGUCCCUGCCCAACGUCACCUUCGUGCUGGCCGGGAAGGAGUUCACGCUCAGCCCCCAGCACUACGUGCUCCAGGUGUCCCAGUGGGGGUCCCCCACGUGCGUCAGCGGUUUCAUGGCCCUGGAUGUCCCCCCUCCCUCGGGACCCCUCUGGAUCCUCGGGGACGUUUUCCUGGCCCGCUACUACUCCGUGUUCGACCGCGACCGCGACCGCGUGGGGCUGGCACCCAGCAAGUGA